AUGUACAAAGGUUUGGAAGUGGAGGGUAGUGAGUCCUACCUGAGUCUGUCCAAAGUGGUACCUGGUACUUUCAAAAUUGACACUGACAGAGUAAAGCAACAAGGAAAGGGCAGUGGGAAAGCUCGCUCCAAGGCGAAGUCUCGGUCGUCCCGGGCUGGCCUGCAGUUCCCGGUGGGCCGUGUUCACAGGCUCCUGAGAAAGGGUAACUAUGCUGAGCGUGUGGGUGCCGGAGCGCCGGUCUAUCUGGCUGCGGUGCUGGAGUAUCUGACGGCUGAAAUCCUGGAGCUGGCCGGCAACGCGGCCCGGGACAACAAGAAGACCCGCAUCAUCCCCAGGCACCUGCAGUUGGCCGUGCGCAACGACGAGGAGCUCAACAAGCUGCUGGGAGGGGUGACCAUCGCUCAGGGCGGGGUGCUGCCUAAUAUCCAGGCCGUGCUGCUGCCCAAGAAAACGUCCGCUGCUGGAUCCGCUAAAAAGUGAAGUGACCAUCCAUGAAUCUGACAACCCAAAGGCUCUUUUAAGAGCCACUCACAGCAUCUGUGAAAGGAGCUGAAUCGUCUGUCAG